GCGAACCGCCCGGGGCUGGGCCCACCAUCCUGGCCCGGUCUCCAUGGCGACGGCGCCGUGCACCCUGGGAGAGGGAGCCCGGGCGUGGUCUGUAUUCGCAAUAACGAGAGGUAAAUCCGUAUGUCCGUGUAUCACCGUAUAGAACCCCAGCAAAAAACAAACAAAAACUGGCUGCCUCCUGACUUCGAUGGCGGCACUUGUUUAUCUUUCCACGUCUCCUUUUCUUCGGAGUGACGAAAACCCGUCGCUGAUACAUACCGACAGACAAGGCUACUCAUCCGUGCCCCUUCCAACAGAGUCUUCAGUUUGGAAAUCAUUGUGUCUUGCGUGUUUCAGGGGAAAAAAAAUUACUGUUGAGGCCGAAAUUUUGAACCGUAAGCUUGGAGCUGCUGGGCAUGUAGUGGGUCAGGUUAGCAUUCAUUUCGACAGGACUACAUUACAGGAGCAGAAAUGUACUGCUGAGGCUCUACAGCAUUCUAGUUAGACUGCAUUUGGAGUACAGUUUUGGGCAGAAAAAUGGAUGUGUCCUAGUCUCAGUUAUCUUCAGCUGCUUCAUCAAUGAACUUCCUUUCAUCAUAAGGUUAGAAAAGUGAUGUUUGCUGGUAGUUGCAUAAACUGACCCUCUGUAGAGUGACCCUAAAGAAGGAUGCUGGCUAUGGAGAUGUUGCAGAGGAGGGUUCAAAUAAUGAUCCCAGAGAUGAAGGGCUUGUCGAAUGGUGUGUGGUUCAGGACUUUCAUUGUUACUUGAGGGAGUUUAGAAGAAUAAGAGGGGAAUCUUAUUCAAACUUACAGAAUCCUGAAAGUUCUGGAUAGAGUGGAUGUGGAGAAAAUUUUUUUUCAUCAGUUACAGAUGCUAGGACUUGAGGCCAGAGCUUCAGUACUGCCUACUCCACAGUAAGGAAACUACUAUUGUGCCAGAAGAGUCCUCAGUUCCUCAGGAUUGACCCAACAUGAAAUACUUCUUGGGGAUCGAUGUGGGAAGUGCAAGUGUACGAGCAGCACUUGUAGACCACCAUGGCAAAGUGCUAGCUCAGGCUGAACAACCAAUCCAAAUUUGGAAGCCACAUCCUGACUACUAUGAGCAAUCUUCUACUGAUAUAUGGGAAGCGUGCUGUACUGUUUCAAAGAGAAUAGCUCAAGUAGCUAAUCUGUGCUAUCUCAGAGGAAUUGGCUUUGAUGCUACCUGUUCUCUUGUUGUACUUGAUGAAAGAUUUGAGCCUGUAGCAGUUAAUGCAGAAGGCAUAAACAACAGGAAUGUUAUCAUGUGGAUGGAUCACAGAGCAGUUGAUCAAGUAGACCGCAUAAAUCAAACAAAACACCAUGUGCUAAAGUAUGUGGGUGGAGUAAUGUCUCCAGAAAUGCAGCCACCUAAACUUCUGUGGUUAAAAGAAAAACUGCCAACCACUUGCUGGGAUAAAGCUCAUCAUUUCUUUGAUCUCCCUGAUUUUCUAUCUUGGAAAGCCACAGGUGCAACUACAAGAUCUCUAUGUACAUUGACUUGUAAAUGGACCUACUCUGCAGAAAAUGGCUGGACUGAUUGUUUCUGGAAACGGAUUGGACUUGCAGACUUAGUAGCCAACAACUACUCUAAAAUAGGGAACCACGUGUUGUCUCCUGGCAGCCAUGUGGGAAAAGGCUUGACACCCGUUGCUGCUCAAGCACUAGGACUACCUAUUGGAAUUGCUGUGGCAGUAUCGCUGAUUGACGCUCAUGCAGGAGGUUUAGGUGUGAUUGGGGCUGAUGUAAAGGGUUCCAACUUGCCAUGUGAGAACGAGCCAAUUACAUCAAGACUAGCUAUCAUCUGUGGAACAUCCACUUGCCACAUGGGGAUCAGUAAAGACCCAAUAUUUGUACCAGGUGUUUGGGGACCAUAUUACUCAGUCAUGGUACCUAACUUUUGGCUAAAUGAAGGUGGACAGAGCGCUACAGGAAAAUUGAUAGAUCAUGUGAUUAAAGGCCAUGCUGCAUAUGCAGAGCUGGAGUCCAAAGCCAAAGCUAGUGGGAAAAAUGUCUACAUGUACUUAAACAGUCACCUGGAGUCUAUUAAAAAGAGUUAUGCUGUGGGCAUGCUAACUGUUGAUUUACAUGUUUGGCCUGAUUUCCAUGGCAACAGAUCUCCCUUAGCAGAUCCUACCCUAAAGGGCAUGGUAACUGGAUUGGGUCUGUCCAACACUCUUGAUGACCUUGCUAAGCUUUACUUGGCUACAAUUCAAGCUAUAGCUAUGGGAACACGCCACAUACUAGAAACAAUGCUGACUGCAGGACAUCAAAUUGACACUCUGUUUAUGUGUGGUGGACUGAGCAAGAAUCUUCUUUUCGUACAAAUACAUGCAGACAUUUCAGGCAUGCCAGUUGUCCUUGCCAAGGAGGAGGAAUCCGUUUUGGUGGGUGCUGCUAUUCUGGGAGCGUGUGCAUCAGGUGAUUUUAAAUCAUUACAGGAAGCUAUGGAAAAAAUGGGGAAAAUUGGAGAAGUAAUUCAUCCAGAUGAGGGGCAGAAAAGGUUUUAUGACAACAAAUACAAAGUCUUCCUGAAGCUGGUUGAACACCAGAAGAAAUACAGAGCAAUUAUGCAAAACAUCUGAUCGUCACAGCAGUGGUGGAAAUGUCCAGAAUUUACGCAAUCCUUUACCACUUUCCAAAUAAAGAAAUUGUUUGGUAAUAAAAUUGCAACGAAUACAUUGCUAUCUUUGUACUGCAUUGGAACCUUUGUAAAACAUAAAUAUGAAUUCUAGGUGAUCAAGUAGAAGAAAGAUAAUGUCACGGCUUCCCCAAAGAAAAAUUUUAGUUUAAAUCAAUUAAAGCAUGUAAGCAUUAAAGCAGUUUCAUUUUCAUGUUAACGCUAAACUUUGUUUCUUGUAAAUCAGAUGUUACUGCCUAAGGAAUCCUAUAAGACUUCAGGGUGAGGCCUGACUGCAUAUUCAGCAACGUGCACAUUGCAACUUCAGUGUUAGUUUUGUUUUGCAUUAAUGCUACAUUGCAAUGCAAAUCUACUCUAAAAAUGUACUUUUAAAAAACUACUGUUAUUCAUGGAUUAAUUCUUGAGACUUGUGAGCUUACAAAGUGGCUAGAGUCUGUUGAAAUAGAAACAGCAGGCAAGACUUAUACCCUGCAUAGGCAAUACAAAGUAGUGGCUGCAGUGAUGUUAAAGAAGUAUUGAUAAAGAUGCUCAAUGUUGAUUUCCAAACACUUUCUUGCCAGCCACCAUUUUAAAUGCCACAUUUCCAGCAGUUUUGAACCAAGUUACUGCAGAUACUAGAAUAUGUAUUGAAAACAAAUGCUGGGGAUCCCAGCAGAUCAGACAGUGUCCAUGGAGAUACAGAAAGCUAAUGUUUCAAGUCUAGAUGACACUUCAUCGGAGCUGAAGUGUUGUGCAGAAGGGGCAGCAUUAAUGCUGUAGUUUGAGGUGGGGGUCAGGUUGUGGCUGUGGCGGGGUGGAGAGUGCUGGUGGAGAAAAGAUGUUGAUAGUUCAGAUUAAGUGAUUGGAGAAUAUUGUCACAUUCCGAUAUCACUUAAUCUGAAGAGUCAAGAUCUUCUCUCCACCAGCACUGUACAUCCCACCACCGCCACAACCACCCCCAACUAUAGCAUAAAUACUGUCGCUGCUGCAUUUCAUUUCAGAUCUGAUGAAGAGUCAUCCAGACUCAAAAUGUUAGUUUGCUCUAUCUCCUUGGAUGCUGUCUGACCCACUGUGAUCUCCAGCAAUUGUUUCUAGCAGUUUUGCCUGCCUGACCUUUUCAUGGCACAAAUACUGGGGUUAUGCAGAUCCAGCAUGAUUUUUUUGUGUCUAUGUUACUCAUUGCCAGACCCAUAGUGCCCAAGACCAGAAGAUUAAAGCCAGGAAAAUAGAUUGUUAAAAGAUUUACUUGUAAGCCAGGAGGAGCAAAUUUCUGGUCCUGUUGAAAUGUUCAUUCUCACACUUUGGCCCUUGUCACUUCAAUCUAAUUUGAAAAGUUAAUUUUGUGCUCAAAGCUAAAAUACUAUGAUUGGUAACUUCAGUGCUCAUUCUUCCAAGCUCAUGCACAUCAUGCUCACAACCUAACUUCAAAUUGUUAAAGUUAUCAGCUUAUUUCAUUUUUAUUUGGCAAAAUAUUCUAACAACACAAACACGUAAACAUAUUUCCCGAAACAAUCAUCAUUGAUCUUAUUUUAAUUUACACAACAGAGGAACUGUUUGUAUGGUUUGUGUUUGGUCAUGAUUGUGUAAAUUUCUACCUGAGAAGAGAUAUUUAAAACCAAAUUUAUUUUUCCCUUUCCACCAGUUUGUUGCAUGUUGUGGUGCUGCUGCCACUACAGUGUAUAUAUCGUAAUUUGUGUUUUAAUGUCAAUACAGAUUUAGAUGUUGUUGUUGAUAAUGCGAAUUACAUUGGCCAUCAUUCCUGGAAGUGCCAGCUAAGUAUUCAAUGCACGUGUAUUCUAACAGUGCAGUUUUUACAAUGAUACAAUGUAUAAAACAAAUACUACCCAAAAUCAGGGAAUUUCUGAGGGCAGAAUUCAAAGCCAUUUUUGCAUCAUUUUAUUGUUAUGUAUCUUAAUUGGUCCUAAUUGUUAUAAAAGCCACUAGGCAACCAAACUGUAACGUUCCAGGAACCUUAGAAAAUUACAAAAUCUCUACUAGUUCUGGAUCCUAGUUAGUAAGGUAUUCCAUCGUCUUACAAUUUGCAUCCAGGACCAUACAGAACUCUCUUUUAUAAGAUCUACCUGGUUUUGCCUUUGUUGUUGCAUUAAUAUGGAUUCUUGUUACAAAGCUGCUUCUUCGUAUUUUUUCCACUUUCUCUUUCAAAAUUGAUUAAAUAAGCCAAAAAUCA